AUGGGAAAACUUGAAAAUGCUUCCUGGAUCCACGAUCCUCUCAUGAAGUACCUGAACAGUACAGAGGAAUACCUGGCCCACCUGUGUGGACCCAAGCGCAGCCAUCUCUCCCUCCCAGUGUCUGUGGUCUAUGCGCUGAUCUUCGUGGUAGGGGUGAUGGGCAAUCUUCUGGUAUGCCUGGUGAUUGUCCGACACCAGACCUUGAAGACACCUACCAACUACUACCUCUUCAGCCUGGCGGUCUCAGAUCUGCUGGUCCUGCUCUUGGGCAUGCCUCUGGAGGUCUACGAGAUGUGGCACAAUUACCCCUUCCUCUUCGGGUCGGUGGGAUGCUACUUCAAGACCUCCCUCUUCGAGACUGUGUGCUUUGCCUCCAUUCUCAGUGUCACCACCGUCAGCAUAGAGCGCUAUGUGGCCAUCGUCCACCCGUUCCGAGCCAAGCUGGAGAGCACACGGAGGCGGGCCCUCAGGAUCCUCGGCCUGGUCUGGGGCUUCUCUGUGGUCUUUUCCUUGCCCAACACCAGCAUCCAUGGCAUCAAGUUUCAGCACUUUCCCAACGGAUCCUCUGUGCCUGGUUCUGCCACCUGCACAGUCACCAAGCCCAUGUGGAUAUACAACUUCAUCAUCCAAGCCACCUCCUUCCUCUUCUACAUCCUGCCGAUGACCCUCAUCAGCAUCCUCUACUACCUCAUGGGGCUCAGGCUGAAGAGAGAUGAAUCCCUUGAGGCAGACAGAGUAACUGUGAAUGUUCACAGGCCCUCCAGAAAGUCAGUCACCAAGAUGCUGUUUGUCUUGGUCCUUGUGUUUGCUAUCUGCUGGACCCCCUUCCAUGUGGACCGGCUCUUCUUCAGCUUUGUGGAGGAGUGGACGGAGUCCCUGGCUGCUGUGUUCAACCUCAUCCACGUGGUGUCAGGUGUCUUCUUCUAUCUGAGCUCAGCCGUCAACCCCAUCAUUUAUAACCUCCUGUCUCGCCGCUUCCGGGUGGCCUUUCGGAAUGUUGUCUCUCCUCCCUGCAAGUGGUGCCAUUCCCAGCAUAGGCCACAGAAACCUCCGGCCCAGAAGAUCAUCUUCCUGACAGAGUGCCACCUUGUGGAGCUGACAGAAGAUGCAGGCCCCCAGUUCCCUCGCCAGUCAUCCGUCUGCAAUACCCACCUCUCCAUCACUGCCCCCUGCACUGCAGAGGUACCAUGA